CUGUAGAGAAGGAAACACUGCAGGCUUAGCGCCAUGGAAGGAAGCCGGACCUGGGACCCUGACACCUGGGGCUCCUCUGGGGAGCAGUCAGCCCCCCAGAAAGCCAGGAGAGCCUUCUGCUCCCCUGCACAGGCCAGUCGUUGGCCUCUGUGCUAAACGAGCUCCCCAGUGCUGCUACCCUUCGGUAUCGUGGCCCUGGGAUGCCACCUUGGGGGACCCUGCAAGAAGAGGAUGAAGAUGGAGAAAGGAGCAUCCAGGCCUUUGUAGAACCCAGUCAAAUGGAGCUGCCGGACCCUCGCCCUUCCCGGGAAUUGCCAUGGCCCAUGCAGGCCAGGAGGGCACACAGAAAGAGCCAGGCCAGGGAACAAGUGGCCUAUGGCCCUGGACUGAGGGCUGCCCACUGGGCCCGGCUGCUCCCUCGGUCCAAGGAGAAGAUGAAGGAAGGCUUGCGCACCCUACAGCCCUGGGCCUGGACGCUGAAGAGGAUCGGGGGUCAGUUUGGCGGGGGCACGGAGUCCUACUUCUCCCUGCUGCGCUUCCUGCUGCUGCUCAACGUGCUGGCUUCUGUGGCCCAGGCCUGCAUGACACUGCUGCCCACCUGGUUGGAAGGGGCUCCCCCCGGCCCUCCUGGCCCAGACACCUCCUUGCCCUGCGGCUCCUACAGCCCCCACACCCAGGGGCUGGUCUCCUUUCCCACCCAGCUUUUCAACCUGCUCUCUGGAGAGGGUUACCUGGAAUGGUCCCCUCUCUUCUAUGGGUUCUACCCACCCCGCGAGUACCUGGCCGUGACCUACCUGUGCUCCGUCUUUGCUGUGGGCCUCGUCUGCCUCCUGCUCAUCCUGCACCGCUCAGUGUUGGGGCUGAAGCAGACCUUGCUGGCCGAAUCCGGGGCUCUGACCAGCUAUAGCCACCAGGUGUUUUCAGCCUGGGACUUCGGCCUCCGCGGGGACAAGCAUGUGCGGCUGCGCCAGCGCAUCAUUCUGUAUGAGUUGCAGGUGGAACUGGAGGAAGCAGCGGUCCGACGCCAGGCUGCGGCACGGACGCUGGGCCAACAAGCCAGGGUGUGGCUGGUGGGGGCGCUGCUCAACCUGCUGGUGCUGGCGCUCCUGGGGGCGGCCUUUUACGGCGUCUACUGGGCCACAGGAUACACCGUGGAGCUGCAGGAGAUGCCCCUUGUGCAGCAGACACCACUGCUAAAGCUUGGAGUGAAUUAUCUUCCGUCCAUCUUCAUCUCGGCGGUCAACUUCGUGCUGCCGUUUGUGUUCAAGUGGAUCGCCCCACUGGAGGGCUACACUCGGAGCCGCCAGAUCGUUAUUAUCCUGCUCAGGACUGUGUUUCUGCGCCUUGCAUCCCUGCUGGUGCUGCUCUUCUCUCUCUGGAAUCAGAUCACUUGCGGGGGCAACGCGGAGGCUGAGGACUGCAAGACCUGUGGCUACAAUUACAAAGAACUUCCGUGCUGGGAGACUCGUAUGGGCCAGGAGAUGUACAAACUCCUGAUCUUUGAUUUGCUGAGCGGCCUGGCGCUGACGCUGCUCAUUCAGUUUCCUCGGAAGAUAAUCUGUGGCUUCUGUCCUGGUAUGCUGGGUCGUGUGGCCGGGACCCAAGAGUUCCAGGUGCCCGACGAGGUGCUGGGGCUUAUCUACGCUCAGACGGUGGUCUGGGUGGGGAGCUUUUUCAGCCCUUUACUGCCCCUUCUCAACACGGUCAAGUUCCUGCUGCUUUUCUAUCUGAAGAAGGUCACCCUCUUCUCCACCUGCUCACCAGCCUCCCGCACCUUUCGGGCCUCCACUGUGAAUUUCUUUUUCCCUCUGGUCCUUCUCCUGGGUCUGGCCAUCUCUGCUGUUCCUGUGCUUUACAGCAUAUUCCAGAUCCCACCUUCUAAAGUGUGCGGCCCAUUCCGGGGGAAGUCAUCCAUCUGGGCCCAGAUCCCUGAAUCCAUUGACAGUCUCCCUCAGACCGCCCAGAAUUUUCUCUUCUUCCUGGGGACCCAGGCUUUUGCUGUGCCUCUCCUGUUGAUCUCCAGCAUCCUGAUGGCGUAUACCGUGGCCCUGGCUCAUUCUUAUGGACGCCUCAUCUCUGAGCUCAAACGCCAGAUAAAGGCGGAAGCGCAGAAUAAAGUCUUCCUGGCACAGCGGGCGGUGGCGAUGAGCUCCGCCAGCGGGGCUCUUUGACCAGCCUGGCUCGGGAUGACGCCCCACCGUGAGGCCUCAGAUUUUCCCCAGAAGUGAUGAUGGCCUCCAAGCCCUGUCCGAGAUUUCCAGAGCUUUUGCCGCCAAGUGCGGACUGUCUGACUAGACCUCUUAAUCAUAUUAAUAAACAGG